GAUUGCAUGGUAUUGUUGAUAACUGUUAAUUCAUUGGAAAUUAGUUACUCGUGAUUAAGUUUCGUUCGAAGAACGAUCAUUAUCGCGAUCUCCGAUGGUCAAUCUUACAUAGAUUUGCCACAGAUCGGCAGGUUUACAGCAAUGGAUUAGUAGUUAACAGUCGUCAGUCUUACGUCCUCGUUGUUUGAAAGGCUCUUAAUUCUUUGGAUGAUUACCUCACGACGAAGUGAAAAUGACGUCACAAGAACAAAUUCCUUGUAGUCUGCCCGAUACACAGAACGCGGAUGCUAUAUUGACACAAUCGCAGGAGACAUCAAGCCAGCAGCAAACGAUGACCAUUUGGGGAAGAUUGUGUCCUAGGAGGCCAUACUUACGAAGUCUGGAAAUGAGGGCUACCGGUUAUACCUUAGGACGCUCUCCAAGCUGCGACAUUUGUUUAACUUCAAAUGAGUUGCAAAUUAGACAGCUAAGUGUUAUUAGUAAGACACACUUUCGCAUAUACAGGGAGCGUGUUGGUAACACAAACGAGAUCGUAGUGUACCUGGAAGAUUUAAGCCACAAUGGAACUUAUGUUAACCAGGAAUUGGUUGGUCAUGGAAGACGUGUCAUUAUUGGAAAUAAUUCCGAGAUAGCUUUAGCCAAGAGUUCCUUCUCAUUUUAUAUAUUCGUGAGUGCAAAUGCACAUGAAACUGCUUAUGAGUUACCAUUGGGGCUGAAGCAGAGGUAUGUAAUUGGCCGUAGACUAGGAACUGGUGCUUGUGGCGAAGUAAGGCUGCUAUUUAAGAAGGAUGGUUCCGAAACAUUUGCUAUCAAGAUUAUACAGAAAAAUUAUUUUAGUGCCGGAACUGGGAACAUUCUCAAUAAUCCGGCGAAUGUUCGGAACGAAGUUGAAAUAUUAAGAAAGCUGAAGCAUCCUUGUAUAAUUCCUUUGAAGGAUAUUUUUGAUACGAAUGAAGUUAUGUACAUUAUUCUUGAAUUAAUGGAGGGUGGUGAGCUUUUUGAUAGAAUAAGAAGCAAAGGGAAACUGUCUGAACCAUGUGCAAAACUGAUAUUUUAUCAAGUUGUACACGCUAUUUAUUAUCUUCACAGAAAGGGAAUUACACACAGAGAUCUGAAGCCAGAGAAUAUACUGCUAAAGGACAAUUCAGAAAAUCCUUUGGUCAAAGUAUCAGAUUUUGGCAUGUCAAAAUUCGUAGAUGCCCAAACAAUGAUGAGAACAUUCUGUGGGACUCCUAUGUAUGUUGCUCCCGAAAUUUUGGCAACCAAUGGACGCAGCUCUUAUACAAGUCAAGUCGAUGUAUGGAGUUUAGGAGUGAUAUUGUAUGUCAGUUUAAGUGGCAGAGUUCCUUUCUCAAAUAAUAAUGCUACUUUAGCAGAUCAAAUUAAAGGUGGAAUGUAUGAAUUUGGAUCAUAUUUUGCACUAGUAUCACAGGAUGCUAUAAAUCUGAUUAAAUGUAUGAUGACGGUGAAUCCGAAGAAACGUAUAACAGUACCACAGAUCUUUUCACAUCCAUGGUUACGUGACAUAAAUAUGCAAAGAGAAGCCAACCAGUUGAUGUUCGGUGUUAUCCAUACGGAAGAUAAUGACGAGAAUUUACCACCUUCGAAUAUCCAUUCGAAUAAACGCCCUCGGCUUAUUUAAA